UUUAAAAAGAAAACAAAAACAAAAUUUAGGCGGACUUUUGAAUUUUUGAUCUAAAUUUGAAUUAAAACCCAUUCCAAUUUUAUGGCUUUUGCCUCAGAGCAUCCCGAAAUGACGACACCUUCCACAAACGAAGAGCCACCCUUCACACCAGACUCUCUCAAUGAAACCGAGAUCCAAGAUGUGAUAAUGGAAAUACAAAAUUUGACGGAAUGUUUAAGAAAUUGUCAAGCUCACGACGAUAUUUCGGAAGUGGAUGAAGAUGAAUUGAAAAACCAACUAGAGGAAAUUUCCAACAGCACCGAUCAAAUAGAAAAACUUUUGAACACCGAAAAGUCUCUUGACAAAAAAUUACGUCAAAAAUCCCAAAAAGUACGUGAUUUGCUGGAACGUCUUGUGCAACUGCGUUCCUUGAAGAAAAUCUCCAAGUCGGAAAAAGACACGGAUCGGCUGAUUUUCAAGAUAAAUACGAUGCGGGCAGUUACCUCACAUCUCAUGACCGAGUAUGUCAAACGUAAUUACGAUGAGAAAAUGAGUUUUAGUGAACAUUUGUGGGCGAUGGAUCUCGUGAAACAUGUUUCAGCCAAAACGACUCUCAGCUACUACCAACGGAAACUUGAGAAAAAACAGGGAAAUGAUACAACCGCUUAAAGUUAAUUUGUGUAAAUAAAAAGUUUAAUUGCAAUUAAUAGAAUAAGGCUAUUUUUGGGGUGACUCUAAAUUAAAUCAAAAAGUUUUUUCAAAGUACUUAUUGUUUAAAAUUCAUAAUUAA